CCGUCUCACCGUUACAUUCGCAAGGAAGAGAACCUAGUUUAACUUUUGUCGAAUAAAAUCAUUCAGUCAGUAAAUUCUAUAUUAAUUAUUGCAUGAUUCGCAAAUCGUAGCUCUUGAUCGAUUUAAUCAAUUGCUGGUACCUGGAUCAGGAUCAGUGCCCUGUGCCCCGCUACCAGAAGUGUCUGCGCAAUCAUUAAUAUUAUCUGUACGUCAUAAAAUCUCUCUACGCAUCUCUAGAUAACUGAUAUGGUGAUACCGAGAAUGCACGUGACGGUGAGUCUUGGUCUCGCUACAUGGAUCAUCCUAGUACUAGCGACAUUGACACCAAUUUUUGCUCGGGGUGAACCAGAUCCAAUGGCAAGGCCCACAAGGCCCAAAGUCUUUACCAGUCCUGAGGAAUUGAGAAGAUACUUAGACCUGGUCAGGGACUAUUAUUCCUUGAAUGGGAAAGCCAGGUAUGGAAAGAGAUCCCAGAUUGUGACGUCACCUCGAAUCAUCGAUUAUCCUUGGGACGCUUUGCGCACAAUUGUAACACUGAAUCAACAGGCUCAACGCAAUAAGCAAGAGAAACAGGACAAAGAGGAGAAAAAAGAACGCGAGAGACAAGAGAACCUGCACAAUCAAGUUAGCCAGGGUGGCGAAAUGAGACAAAUUCAAGAUUUAGUGUCGCAACCUUCGUAUCUCUACGAUAUGAUGGCCAAAUAUUACGAUGAGAUGCAAUAAAAAAUACACCCGCGCACCUUCACUCUUGUAUGUACCGGAGAGAUGCAUAGUUAUCACCUGAAUAGAUCAUGUACAUUCACUUCGGUUUAAAAAAGCUGAUACACGAGCAAAUUGACUUCUACGCAACCUGAAAGCCCGACUCUUAUCUUCAUAUUGACCCUGGUUAUUAUAUCCAUGAUUAAUACAAUUAUCAUCGUGAUCAGUUGUAGAGACGCAAGACAGAGAGAGAGAGAGAGAGAAAGAGAGAGAGUGAGAUGGAGGGGAAACCGUGACAGUGAAAAUAAAGGAACAGCAUAGUCAUUCAAAAAUAAUCACCAUACAUAUUGUGUAUACGCUAACCAAGAGAGAUGUGAAAAAUAAAAAAAUGAGCAUUCGCUUAAUUGAUUUAUUUAUUAUUUAA